CCGAGGCCGCCGCCGCGCCCCGAACCCCGCCCGCCAUGCCCGCGCCCCGCGCUCUGGCGGCCGGCGCGCCAGCGCCUGGGAAGGCCGCGCUCACGCACCCGGGGAAGGCGAUCCUGGCAGGCGGCCUGGCGGGUGGCAUCGAAAUCUGCAUCACCUUUCCCACCGAGUAUGUGAAAACGCAGCUACAGCUGGACGAGCGCUCGCACCCGCCGCGCUACCGGGGCAUCGGGGACUGCGUGCGGCAGACGGUCCGCAACCAUGGCGUCCUGGGCCUGUACCGCGGCCUCAGCUCCCUGCUCUACGGCUCCAUUCCGAAGGCGGCCGUCAGAUUCGGGAUGUUCGAGUUUCUCAGCAACCACAUGCGGGACGCCCAGGGACGGCUGGACAGCACGCGCGGGCUGCUGUGCGGCCUGGGCGCUGGUGUGGCCGAGGCCGUGGUGGUCGUGUGCCCCAUGGAGACCAUCAAGGUGAAGUUCAUCCAUGACCAGACCUCCCCCAGCCCCAAAUACAGAGGAUUCUUCCACGGGGUCAGGGAGAUCGUGCGGGAACAAGGGCUGAAGGGGACAUACCAGGGCCUCACGGCCACCGUGCUGAAGCAGGGAUCCAACCAGGCCAUUCGAUUCUUCGUCAUGACCUCUUUGCGCAACUGGUACCGAGGGGACAACCCCGACAAGCCCAUGAACCCGCUCAUCACUGGCGUGUUUGGAGCCAUCGCGGGUGCAGCCAGUGUCUUCGGGAACACUCCUCUGGACGUGAUCAAGACCCGGAUGCAGGGCCUAGAGGCGCACAAGUACCGCAACACGUGGGACUGCGGCCUGCAGAUCCUGAGGAACGAGGGGCCCAAGGCGUUCUACAAGGGCACCGUCCCCCGCCUGGGCCGGGUGUGCCUGGACGUGGCCAUCGUGUUCGUCAUCUACGACGAGGUGGUGAAGCUGCUCAACAAAGUGUGGAAGACGGACUGAGCCCCGGGGUCUGCGCAUGGGCUGCCCCCAGCGCCCCCUUCUCACAAUUCCAGUGCAGUCGUGCCAAAAGGCCCCCUUCCCCUGUCCCUUACAGUCCAUGGCCCAGGGCUGUCCCCUGUGGCCAUCGGGUCCAUGUGUCCCCUGUGGUCUGUAUGAUACCACCGUGGUGUCCAUGUGUCCAGCUGAGACUGGGUGUUCCUCUGGCCUGUGAAUCUGUGCCCACAUGUCCACGUGCUUACUCGUAUGCCUGUGUUUCAUGUUUCGUGUCCUGUGACCCUGUUCCCCACUUCCCGGGGUGCCCGUGUGGCCUGGGUCACGGCCCUGUAGCCAUGGCCUGGUCCCAGCCCAGUGCCUUCCACCCUGGGCAGCAGGGGCAUCACCCCGGCCUACCACAGCUGCCUCCGGGCCUCAGCCUGGCCUCACUGCAUUCCAGGGGCUGCGUACCCCCCGCUUCUCCCGCCACUGGCCUUAACCAGCCCUUGGGCCCUCCCUCCGCCCAGGACAGGGUGGCACCUGCCACUCUCAGGACCACCCUUCCAAGGCAGAAUAAACUGGAUCCCGUUGCA